UUUUAUAACGGUUAAUAAUUUUCACGGCGGGAAUUCGUUAGAGAUGCUGAGCUGCUGCACUUCUCUCCAGUUUCCCUUCCCCCCUCCUCUUUCACCCCCUUCCCCUAGGGUUUCCUCAAUCCCGUUCCGGGAUCUUGGAACCCUAAACCCCCUAAAAACCCGUGUUAGCUUUUCGGGGGACGGGAGGAGGAGGAGAUCCUUCUCUUCUUCUCAGGCCUCGGUUCCUUCUCUUCUUCGCCCCUAUUGGAGGGUUCCCUUUCUGAGGGCCCUUCGAGGCUUAGAAACCCCAGAUGGAAUAACUAGGGUUCGAGCAAGCCCGGCCGCGGCAGAAUCUCAAGUUACUGCAUCCCCUCCUUUGCAAAUCUCAGCGGCCGCAGAUGCCGUUAGAGCGUACUAUGAUGCGUUCAAUCGCCAUGAUCUUGCAUCUUUGGAGCUACUGAUCAGCGAGGACUGCGUCUAUGAGGAUCUAGUCUUCGCGAAGCCUUUUGUUGGACGCAAGGCUAUCCUUGAGUUCUUCAAGAAGUUUACAGAAUCUAUCAGCAGUGACCUUCGAUUUGUUAUUGAUGACAUUUCUAGUGAAGAUACAUCAGCUGUUGGAGUUACAUGGCACUUGGAGUGGCAGAGCAGGCCGUUCCCAUUUAGCAAGGGAUGCAGCUUUUAUCGUACAGAAGUAUUGGAUGGCAAGAGACAAAUAGUCUAUGGACGUGACUGCGUGGAACCCGCAACAAAGCCUGGGGAGAUGACAUUGGUUCAUGGAUAAUGUUGCCGCUGGGAACCGGCUCGACCCGGGUGCCGAGUUGAUGGGGUCAUCGCUGAUCGGCCGGCGCCACAACGCCAACUCGUGGGUCCUCAAUGGGGCUAUCCCUGAUCGAGCACAGCGGCCACUGGACCAUCAUUGCGGGGUCAUGCAGCGACCCCAUCCGAUCUCUUUGAUCUGGAUGGCAGACAAGCCGAGAUCUCUAGCGACCCAUCAACUCGGCGCUUGGAUCAAGCCGGUUCCCAGUGGCAACAUAUAUUAUUCGUAUUAAGCUAAAUAAAAUAUUAUUCUGUGUAGCCGUAGGAUCUUUAAACAUCCAUAUAACACUGGCAUAAAAAUCAUCAUUGAUAACCAGUACUUUGAUGUCCAAUGAGCAUCUUACAAUCUUGAUGCUUGUCUAACUAGGUAAUUC